CCACCGCAUCUUCAGUUUUCAAACACAUUGAGUAGACUAUCGUGACUCCACUAGACGCGUUUCAUUCAACUGGAAAAAAAAAAGAAAAGAAAACAACACACAGCUGAUUUUUCUACAUUUUUAAGGGUGUAAGGUUCAUCAACGAAAAAGAAACAAGAAGACCUGCUAUGGCAAAAGGAGAAGGAGGAGAACAAUACUCCAACGCCAGUUUAUUAAAUAAACCGGUCAGCUCGGAUGGCAUUCAGCUCGCCAGGAAGCAUGAGCGCAGGAACAGGUUGUCAGUCUGCAGCAAGAUAUGCUACGCUAUUGGUGGAGCGCCCUACCAGAUAACAGGAUGUGCCUUGGGCUUUUUUCUGCAGAUCUAUCUCCUGGAUGUGGCUCAGUUGGAUCCCUUCUAUGCAUCCAUCAUCCUGUUUGUGGGCCGAGCCUGGGACGCAGUAACAGACCCCACAGUGGGCUUCCUCGUCUCCAGAACCCCAUGGACACGUUUCGGACGCAUGCUGCCUUGGAUCGCGCUGUCAACCCCUCUGGCUGUGCUCGCCUAUUUCCUCGUGUGGUACGUCCCUCCUUUUGAAGAUGGCAAAGUCAUCUGGUACCUUUUCUUCUACUGCCUCUUCCAGACCCUUCAAACGUGUUUCCAUGUGCCAUACUCUGCCCUCACCAUGUUCAUCAGCUCCGAGCAGAAAGAGAGAGACUCUGCCACCGCAUACAGGAUGACGGUGGAGGUUUUGGGCACUGUAGUCGGCACAGCCAUCCAGGGACAAAUAGUGGGCAUGGCAAACGCUCCCUGCCUUCCAGGACCUGCUGACCUCUUGGCGUUGGGCAACACCUCUGCCUCUCACGGAAUCAAUGACACCGAACACGGCAUUUCUCUGGACCACACGAAAGUGGCCUACAUGAUUGCAUCUGGUGUCAUCUGCUUAAUCUACAUCAUCUGUGCGAUUGUCGUCUUCUGUGGUGUGAGAGAACAAAAGGAAUCUUGUCGUCCCAGGUCAGAGCCCAUGUCGUUCUUCCAGGGGAUUAGGCUGGUGAUGGGCCAUGGACCGUACGCCAAACUGGUCAUGGUCUUCCUCUUUACGUCACUGGGCUUCAUGCUCCUGGAGGGAAACUUCGCUCUGUUCUGCAGCUACACUCUGGGCUUCAGAAACGACUUCCAGAAUAUUCUGCUGGUCAUCAUGCUCUCCGCUACUCUGGCCAUCCCCUUCUGGCAGUGGUUUCUGACUCGCUUUGGGAAAAAGACGGCGGUUUACGUUGGAACCCUGUCUGUGGUUCCUUUUAUGAUCCUGGUGGUGUGUGUGAGGAGUAAUCUGAUUGUCACCUACAUCGUGUCCUUCGCUGCUGGCGUUGGAGUGGCCGCAGCCUUCCUGUUACCCUGGUCGAUGCUUCCCGAUGUCGUUGAUGAUUUCCAAGUGCAGAACCCUGACUCCACCGGCCACGAAGCGCUUUUCUACUCCUUCUAUGUUUUCUUCACCAAAUUUGCAUCUGGAGUCUCAUUGGGCAUCUCUACACUUAGUUUAGAUUUUGCGGGCUACAUUACCCGUGGCUGCAGCCAACCAGAGGCCGUGGAUUUAACGCUGAAGCUCCUGGUCUCUGCCGCCCCCAUCGCACUCAUCCUAAUUGGUCUGGGUAUAUUGUACUCUUAUCCAAUCGAUGAGGAGAGGAGGCAAGGCAACCGCAAACUGCUCCAGGAACAGAGGGACAACGAGGCAGAUUCGGAAACCGACUCAACAGAGCUGGCCAACAUGGUGUAGCACAAGCCCCCGGACCCCUGGACCAAUCGAGUGAUCGGUUGGUACUUUGCACUUAGCGGGACCAACGGACCUGGGACUGAUGAAAUCCACAGGACCUGCCUCGUCCAAUCACACUGCUGCUGUUCAAUGUCUACAAAAACUUGACUUUUUCAAAACGUGUCAUGGCUUCUGCCACGUUGAAGCCUUUGGAAAACAAUUCCCCUACCCUGAACGUGUGAUACUCACCCUCUUCUUCUGUUCUUUCAGAUCUUAAAAGCCUUAGUUUUUUUACAGCACACUACUUUUGAGUACUGCCAAAAACCUUUUUCUAAAGUUUGGUGUUGUCCUCAAGUUGAAAUUGCACAAAUAUGGAAUUGUGUUGAGGGCAGUCGACAUGUUUUGUCAGUGCCACCUGCCACUGAUGGUGCUAUUCGCUUGAACUGAACAGUUUCCAUCUUUGUACACAACGGCAUUGAACAUUAAUGACCUUGAGCACUGCGUUAAAAACGUUUCAAAGUUCAGACAUUUAAACAUCACGAGAAACUUGAACAAACAGUGAAAAACGCCUUAAUUUCAGCUCCGUCUGGGGUUAAAAUUUCCAAACUGACACUUGGAUCAGUCACUUGCUCUUGAGUCAUUGACUCAGUGUGUAUUACAAACACAUUUUAAAUGUGUGCAGACUUUCUUUGUUUUCACAGUAUCUCAAAGUUUACAGAAACCAUUCGGUCAGAUUGUUUCUAUCUCAUUCCCAUCCUACUGGCUUUUCUUGAAGAGGCAGUAAUGUGGUGUCGGACCUUGUGGCAUCAGAAAAACAGGCUUGUUUUAGUUCUCCACCAUCAUACUGAAACCACUACAACAGUAACGCAGUUAUUUGCACAGAUAGCAGCAAUGUUAAUCCCACAAAUACAUAAUUUAUAUGAAAUAAUUUAGAGGACAGCUACUGAAGAUGCUUUCAUUUACUGCAUACUGAGAAAAACCAUGACCUCAGACGGUACUAAUUUAGAGCUAUGACUAUUUAAUUAUUUAUUAGUUCUGAUUUUACUGUGUUUUGUUUGCUGGAGAAUAAUAUUUUUGCAGUAUUUAAACCUCUUUAAGGCCUGUAAGGUUUUCAGAUUAGGGCUGGGCAAAAAAAAAAAAAAAAACUUUUUCCAGUGUAUCCAAUGGACGACUAAAGAUUUUAAUUUUUUCCCCAUCAAUAUAAACUUUAAAAAAAGAGAAAAACAGUUUAUUAGAAGAAUACAUCAUAUGUGCAGAGAACAAAUAACAAAAAAUCUGAACUUGUACAGGUGUGAAUGUCUGUCUGUUAAAAAACACAAAUAAUUUACUAUAACUUUACAAAACAAAGCACAACCAUUAGGAAACAACUGCCAAAAUAUGUUCAUCAUUAAUAUAUUCCAAUAAAAUGGUUAUGUUGAAUAUUUGAUGAGCAAGAAGGGUAUUCAGAGGAAGCACUUACCUACAUUUUUCAUCCUAAAUUGUUUAAAAAUCAGUAUGAUUAAUCCGACUGAUGAGAUAUUUUGCCCAGCCCUGGCUCCAACUGAACUGAGGGUUUCAAAGUGCUAAAAAUUCAGUUAGUUAGAAAAAAAAAAAUCAGAUUUUUAAAAGAUUCACACUUUUUAAUGCAUGCUACCAUCACUACUGUCUUUGCUCCGUGUGCAAUUGAAAAGGGAAACGUAAAAAAAAAAAAAAUUGCGGGCUGAGGAACGUCUUGUAGCCUCCCAUGGGUGUGUCUGAAUGUUGCUUUUCUUUGUAUAUAUGCGUUUAUUGAAGGAACAACCAGAAUGCUUUGCUGUCAUCUCAGUCCCAGUCAUGAAAAUGACGACUGGCAUAUUUCAUAUCUGUUGAUAUGGAAAUGUGUACAUACAGUGUCAUAUGUUAUACAUACUGUUCCAUCUUUGACAUGUUACUUCUGACAACCGGGUUGCCGAUGUGAAAAGUGUCAUAUUACAUCCACAUUUUUUUUUUAUUUUUUGUUCUUUCUUCCAUUCUGAGUAGAGUACUGUACAUGUUAACACUGUGCCAUUUGAUUUGUUAAUACCCCCUGUAUGAAAUGUACAUCCUGUAAAUCUCUUAUUUUAUUUGUCAGUGUAUUGUCUUUUUAUGCCAGUGAACUUCCCUCAUGACUCUUGAGGCCGUAGCCAAAUGUGUGAGCUUUAACCCCACAGGGGCACACAAAUGCCUUGUGACACGCCUCUUGUGCAUAUGUAUAUAUUGUAUGUAAACAUGUAAAUACCUUUGAUAUUUGGUGCUACAAGUGAAAUGAUCGUAUGUACAUUGUACUGUAGUUAUUUAAGGAAAACAAAUGUUGCGAAUGAAGAUAUUGUUAAUAAAUACUAAUUGUUUACUGUGA